AUGCUUCAUGACCUUGACCUAUUUUUGAGGGAUCUUCAAAUCAUGUUUAUGAUUAUACUUUUAUGUGCAAUUAUUCCAAUCUCUCUAGGAUUCUGGGUGAUAAGUGUCAUUCUGAAUACGUACAGUGGAGAUGGAGGGUUUUUUGAACCCAUAUCACCUUGGCGAUGGUUGUUUUCCAUUCUGGCUCCCAUAUUCUUGUCUCUGUGGGGAAGAAGAAGGAAAAGUCUAGAUAAAUCUGGAGCUUUGGCAGGACUGAUCAUUGGUUUUAUAUUAACCUUCAGCAGUGCAUGCUUCUUCUCCUCUUUGCUGGCUUUCUUCUUUUUUGCAUCAAAAGCUACGAAAUUCCGUAGCGACAAAAAGAAGAAGUUGGAAGCAGAUUUUAAAGAAGGUGGUCAGAGGAACUGGGUGCAGGUGUUGUGCAAUGGAGGUGUUGCCACGGAGAUGGCAGUGCUCUAUUUGUGUGAUGUGGGGUGUGGGGAGAAGCUGCUGAACUUUUCACAAAACUACAACGCCACCUGGUGGAGCAUGGCAGUUUUAGGGGCUAUAGCUGGUUGCUGUGGAGACACUUUUGCCUCAGAACUGGGCACAGUGUUGGGGUCAGGUGUCCCCAGACUAAUUACCACUCUGGAGAAAGUACCCAAAGGGACAAAUGGUGGCGUGACCAUUGUAGGAACCCUGGCCAGUGCAUUUGGUGGUUUUAUAGUGGGCGUGGCUUAUUAUGUUACCUUGACCUUGCUGGAGCAGUCCAGUCAUCUCACCAACAGUCCCCCACAGUGGCCAGUUGUUGUCGUGGCAACACUGGCAGGGGUCAUGGGGUCACUUAUAGACUCAUUGCUAGGGGCAACAUUGCAAUAUUCAGGUUAUUGCACAAAGAGGAGGUGUAUAGUAGAAGAACCUGGUCCAGGAGUGGAGGACAUCUCAGGCUCAGCUGUGCUGGAUAACCAUGGGGUCAACCUAUUGUCCUCUCUCUUCUCAAGUCUUUUCACUCCUAGGAUAGCUUUUCACAUCUGGAGGACUCUGCAGUGAAAAUAAGGGGGGCACUGCUUUAUAUUUCAGCCUCUUGUGCUCUCUCUUUACAAGUCUUCUCACUCCUAAGGUUGCUUAUAUCUAGAGAACUGUUCUGUGAAAAAAGGAGACAUUGUUUUAUAUUGCAUCCCCAUGUGAUCUGUCUUCACAAGUCUUAUGAUUCCUAGGAUAGCUUAUCACAUUUACAGAGUAAAAAAAGGAGACAUUGCUUUAUAUUUCACCCUCUUAUGCUUUCUCUUCACAAGUAUUCUCACUCCUAGGGCAGCUUAUCACAUCUGGAGAACUCUAAAGUGAAAAAAAAGGUGACACUGCUUUAUAUUUCACUCUCUUGUGCUCUGGAUAUCUACUCACUGUCAGGCUAAGAAUUUUCUAAUUUCUGUGAUAGAAGAAAAAGUUUUUUUAUGUGAGAGCAGAGAUAAAUCAUGUGACAUGGAGGCUGAGUCAUGUGAUAGUAGAGUAGGUAGUCAUGUGACAGGAAGCCUGGGUCACAUGACAUGAAGGCUAGGUCACGUGAUAGAUCAUGGAUCAUCUUUGUCAGAAUUAUUUGACAGAGGAACUAUGACAUAGCAAUCUGUACCACUGGUUGUUCCUAAUUGAAAUGAGACACACAUGUGUGGGCUGUGGUUCUUUAGGGUCCAGUAAUUAUAAUUCUGUAAAAAAUCUUCUACAUCACUUACUCUGUUAUCAUUCCUGUGUUAAGUAAAGCAUCAAGUAUCUAAAUACAAGUACAUGUAGAACUCUGUGACAGUGGAUUAACUUUGUUAUGUACAGCAUGGCAGGUGAGACACAGGGAUGGGACAGGAAUUGGUAGGAAAAAAUUUUAACUCUGUUGUGUUGUUUAGAAUUCGGUUGGUUUUCUGAUUUGAUUAUGUUCCAAUUACUUUAUUGUCCUGUGUGUUAUAUGGAAUGUGCAUUCCAUACAGAUAAGGCAUGUUAAAAGUGACAUUUUGUUGAAUUAUGACAAUCUGUUAGUCUAAGAUUAAAUAUUGAAGUAAAUGUGGCAUUUUGUUAGAUGAGGUAGUUUGUUAGAUAUGAUAUAUAAUGUUAGAAUGUGCCAUCAUGUUAGGAUAUUGCAUAAAAUUGUGACAUUUUGUUAAAUUAAUUUUUUUUUUU